AUGAACUGGGGGAGAUGUGAUGAAUGGGGUGCGUUGUCGCAAAGUGGGAAAUGCAAGAAUGCGGAGGAGGUGGGAAUGGGUGGGGGAAGAUGGGAUGAAUGGGGGGGGGAGGAGGGCGGAAUGGGGAGGUGGGAUUGGCUGGGGGAAGAUGGGAUGAGUGGGGGGAUGGGGGAAUGGUGGGAGGGCGGAAUGAGGACGAGGGCGGAAUGGGGAGGAGGUGGGAUGGCUGGGGGAGAUGAGAUGAAUGGCGGUGGGAGGGAGGAAUGGGGAGGAGGUGGGAUGGCUGGAGGAGAUGAGAUGAAUGGCAGUGGGAGGGCGGAAUGGGGAGGAGGUGGGAUGGCUGGGGGAGAUGAGAUGAACGGCGGUAGGAGGGCAGAAUGGGGAGUUGGUGGGAUGGCUGGGGGAGAUGAGAUGAAUGGCGGUGGGAGGGCGGAAUGGGGAGGAGGUGGGAUGGCUGGUGGAGAUGAGAUUAAUGGCGGUGGGAGGGAGGAAUGGGGAGGAGGUGGGAUGGCUGGGGGAGAUGAGAUGAAUGGCGGUGGGAGGGCGGAAUGGGGAGAAGGUGGGAUGGCUGGGGGAGAUGAGAUGAAUGGCGGUGGGAGGGCGGAAUGGGGAGGAGGUGGGAUGGCUGGGGGAGCUGAGAUGAAUGGCGGUGGGAGGGCGGAAUGGGGAGGAGGUGGGAUGGCUGGGAGAGAUGAGAUGAAUGGCGGUGGGAGGGCGGAAUGGGGAGGAGGUGGAAUGGGCUAG